CUCGGCGACGCGCCCAGGACCCCGCGCCCGAGGCCAUGGCGACCGCCGCGCUGCUGCCGCUGCUGCCGCUGCUGCUGCCGCCGCCUACUGCCCCCACACCCCUGGCCCGCGACCCCUUUGCCCCGCAGCUCGGGGACACGCAGAGCUGCCAGCUGCGGUGCCGCGACCGGGACCGCGACCCGGGCCUUCGACCCUCGCAGGCAGGGCCUGAGAGCCCCUCGGAGUCUCCCUACGACAGGGCAGUCCUAGUCAGCGCCUGCGAGCGGGGCUGCCGCCUCUUUUCCAUCUGCCGCUUCGUGGCCCGGAGCUCCAAGCCCAACGCCACCCAGGCUGAGUGUGAAGCAGCAUGUGUGGAGGCCUACGUGAAGGAACCAGAGCAGCAGGCCUGCAGCGAGGGGUGCUGGAGCCAGCCGCCAGAGCCGGAGCCCGAGCCCGAGCGAAAGAGAAAGGUCCUGGAAGCUCCGAGUGGGACCCUCUCGCUCCUGGACCUGUUCUCCACCCUCUGCAAUGACUUUGUCAACUCGGCCCAGGGCUUGGUGUCUUCCACCUGGACAUACUACCUGCAGACAGACAACGGGAAGGUGGUGGUGUUCCAGACACAGCCGGUGGUGGAGAGCCCCGUGCCCGAGGGGGCACAUCUGCAGCGAGUGGAAGUGACGUGGCGUGGAUCCCACCCUGAGGCCCUGGAGGUGCAUGUGGACCCGGUAGGCCCCUUGGACAAGGUGAAGAAGGCCAAGAUCCGAGUAAGGACCAGCAGCAAAGUCAAGGUGGAAUCUGAAGAGGCCCAGGACAACGACUUCCUCAGCUGCAUGUCCCGGCGCUCGGGGCUCCCCAGGUGGAUCCUGGCCUGCUGCCUCUUCCUGUCUGUGCUGGCGAUGCUGUGGCUAAGCUGCUCCACCCUGGUGACCGCACCUGGCCAGCACCUCAAGUUCCAGCCUCUGACCUUGGAGCAGCACAAGGGCUUUCUGAUUGAGCCAGAGUGGGCCCUGUACCCGCAGUCGUCGCACCCCUGUGAGGACAGCCCUCCACCUUACCAGCUGAAGCUGGACCUCACCAAGCUGUAGGCCCCUGGCCCUGACCCUGGCUGAUUGACGGAGCUCCUUGGGAUAGGGGUGGGGGUGGGGCUUCUUGGGUGGGGCUUGCCCUGAGUCCCAGACUGCUGUGGAUGGGGCUGCCCUUGUUCUCUCCCCUAAAUCCUUUUGCUCGCCUCAUCCUGCCCCUCCUUUGGGGGCCUGGGAGAUGGGCCACUGGAUCCCACCUUGGCUCCUCCUCCCAUUCCCCCCCUCUACACCCAGUGCUACUUUUUGUCUUCUGUCUUGUGGCUUCCUGAGAAUUUGAACCCAGUCCUGUGUCACCUCCUCCUUCCCUCCCUGCCUCCCUCCCUCGCCCCUCUCAGGGGGUGCGGAGGACCUGGGAGUUGCCUCUCUCCAGCGAGGGGCUGCCUCCUGCUUUCCUGCCUGGCCUCCUGGGAUUGCAGCCCACCCCAGAGGGUGUGGCUGGGCCUGCUGCAUGGGGCAUGGGGAGGAAUAAACAGUGUAUAUAAAAUGUG